AUGCAAAAGAGAGGUAGUCACUCUUUUUUCCAGAGGCAGCUUAGAAAACCUAACCUAUAUGUACCUCUUGAAGGAAAUCGGUCAAAUGUCGUACAUACUUCAUGGGCUCUUAUGGGUUUAAUUCAUGCCAGCCAGAGAGAUCCCACUCCUCUUCAUCAUGCAGCAAAGUUGCUCAUUAAUUCUCAGUUAGAAGAAGGCGAUUGGCCUCAACAGGAAAUCACAGGAGUAUUCAUGAAAAACUGCAUGUUGCAUUAUCCAAUGUAUAGACAUAUUUAUCCACUAUGGGCUCUAGCUGAGUAUCGUAGACGAGUUCCUUUGCCUUGA